ACGUUAGCGCGUUGCACAUAUCGGAAAUAAACUCUGCAGCAUGGCUCGUGGGCGCCUGGAGUUUAGUAGAGCGCAGUUUAAUCAGUGACGGAUCUGCGAUGGUCCAGCGUGGCUGAGGACUGGGACCACCGAGGACCACACACACACACUUAGAAAUAAUCCACAAGAACUCUCCAUGAUGUCGAAGGUGAAGCCGAAGACGAGUGACUCUGCAGCCAAAACAAAGCAGCCCGUGUCCAAAACCAAAAACAUCAUCAGCGCGAAGAAGAAAAAUAAAUUCUGGUACGAGGAGAAGGUGAAAACGAGGAGGCCUCCUCCCAACAAGCAAGUGCUUCCUCCAACAGACGCCCAGCACUUCUCUGCCAACUGGAAAAUAUUGCAGGAGAAGUUAAAAUCCACUCCACCGGAGCAGAAACCGCCGGUGACACCGAAACCUCAGAAUGGAGCGCUGCCAAAAAAGAAGGCUAAGGAGAUCUCUUCUAAAGAUGCGUCCAAGAUCGAUAACACCGGUGCAGGGCAGACAGCCGCUGGGAAAACAGAAAAACACAAGAGCACGUCUAACAGUGUUGUCUCCAAGGACAACUUGAAGGUUCCCGAUGUCUCGCAGACAAAACCGUCCACUGCCCCGAAAAGGAAAGGAGACGCUGGGAAGUCGAACAGCGAGCGUGCAGCCAAGAGAAAGAAGCCUGUCGUCGAAGAGACGAAACUGACAGAAGACGACCUGUGGUUUGAUGACGUGGACCCCGACGACAUCGAGGCGACGGUGGGAGUCGAGGCAGCGGAGAUCAUGAGGAAGAAGCAGGGCAUCCGGCCGUCGAAGGACCCAGAGAGCGCCCUGGUGAAGGAGAAAGCCUUUGAGGGCCUCACCAGAGCUGUGGCUAUUGAUUGUGAGAUGGUGGGAGUGGGUCUGGACGGAGAGGACAGCAUCCUGGCGCGCGUGUCCCUCGUCAACCACUUUGGAAAAUGCAUCUAUGACAAAUACGUCAAACCCACCGAGAAGGUGACGGACUACAGGACGGCCGUCAGCGGCAUCCGACCACAAGACAUCAAAGAUGGAGAGGAUGUGCGCACCGUGCAGAAGGAGGUGGCUGAGAUCCUACAAGGCCGAAUCGUGGUCGGACAUGCCAUUCACAAUGACUUAAAGAUUUUACUCUUGGAUCAUCCAAAAAAGAAAAUUCGGGACACCCAGAAGUAUAAACCUUUCAAGAAGAGAGUUAAGACGGGUCGACCCUCACUGAAAGUUCUCUGUAGAGAAAUCCUCAACGUGAAGGUCCAGCAGGGUGAACAUUCAUCUGUCCAAGACGCACAGGCCACCAUGAGGCUGUACACGAUGGUCAGAAAACAUUGGGAAGCCGAGAUUAAAGCCAGUCACCAGAACAAAGACUCAGAUAAGAAAAGUGAGCGAAAACCCAGGGCCCCUAAGAGCAAAGACAAGAAGCCCAAGGGCUUAUGAACUGAGAGCCAGUCUGCAUGAGGACAGAUCAGCUCCGAUCAUCAGAACUGUUACCACGAUUUAAAAUAGUGAUUCUCAAGAUCUAUCACAAGAGAGCGAUGAAAAACAAACCAUUCUGAAUACAGAAUAAAUGUGUGACUCAGCCUGAGACCUUUAGUUCCAGGAUGCAAAGGACUUGGUGGUUUCACCAGGACUUCAGCAAACCCAGGAUUGUUGUGUCUAACAUCUGGGAGAGAUCGGAGCUUUUAUUUACACUGAACCUUUCUGCCAGACGCCCUUUCCCAGUUGGUCCAGAGGACUCUGUCUAGGCUUCUCUUUGACUGAGGUGUUUAAAAUCAUGUCUCCAGUGUCACAGAAUUAAUGGUUGAUAUUGUGUUGUGGUCUGAGACUCAGUCCCGGUGAGUAUCAGUAUCACUAUGAGUUGGAAGUUGCUCCUGCUCCCUUGUGACCCUCAGAGGAUAAGUGUUAUAGAUGAUGGAUGGAUGGCCCAGGUCUGGUAUGAAUUGUUGAGACGUUCGGUUUGUGAUUUGAUUCCUUGUUGCCUAAAGAGUUGUAAGUUUGGAAAAGUGUGACUAAAUCACAAGAUCUCUUUCUCUGUCCCUUUAUUACAUUUUGACCUCAGAAGCAGAUGGUCAACAUUUCAUGUUUAUGAUUUUACAAUUUGCUUUUCUCACACGACCCAAUGUCAUCUCAGAGGUUUGGAAGCAGGUGAACAACAUUUGUCGACCUUAUUUUUCUCACGCUGAUGGUUUCUUGCUGUUUCGUCUGUCUGUUCAGAACGUAAUCCUUUCAUUUUAAAUCUCAAGUCUUUCUCAUUAUUGUUUUUGCGUAAUGAUUUCGCAUUUUUAUCCAAACUGCAUCAUAUGUUAAAUAUAUGCAUCAUCACAGUCGGGUUUCACACUUGUGCUUUUCUUUUAACGUGUCUAAACCCGAGUCAGUGUAAUUUGCCGCCCAUGUUUGAUUCAUACUGUGCCUCGCUCACUGUAGAAAUUAAACUAGGUCAGAAGAGUCCAGGCUCUUAAGUUUUUGGAAACCUCAGGCUGAUGAAAAUGUAAUUUCUUUAUAAUUCUAAGACUAACGUACAAGUCGAGGUACAAGUAUCUUUCAGUGUUAGGAUGAACAACAGAUUGUUUCUGCUUCUAAUGCAAGUUUAUGUUUCACAAAAGGGUUUUUCAUGGUUGGGUUUGUUCUUGAUGCAAAGCCCUGCACAGAUUGUUUGAACAAUCUUUUAAUAUUAAUAUUCAUACAAAAUCUUAAACAAAAAAGAGCGAAGGACAAUUUUGGCUAUUUUAAUGCGGUUAAAUCUGACCAUUUCUAUUUGUUUUCAGUUUGUUUGUGUAUAAUGAUGUGAGGGAUUUGGCUCCUUGUUGGCCAGCAGUGUGUCAGUGUGAUUUGCUGCCCAGAAGCUGAUGCACACUCUGCCCUCAAUUGCUGAACUGAAGCAGAUGCCCUCGGUCUGCAGCCUCCAGGCUCUAAAUCAGGCUCCGUGCACAGAGCUGGGUCAGACACCUUGAGGGCCUGUGGCUGAUGCAUGGCAGACCUCAGAGUAAAUGUGAACGCAGGUACUGACUCAUCAGAUGACACGGGGUGUCCUGCUACAGAUAAUUCCUUGGUAUCCCAUGAGCUCCCAGUGGAGCUUAUGUCUCCCCCUGUCAGGCUUUUGUGAAACUACAAUCAGGAGCACAGUGAGAGAAGCUGUUGGUUCCUGAUCAUUUAAAACAGAGAGACUACAUUAUUACAUUUUUUUCAAAGACCCCCUACAUACAAGACAAAAUAUCUGGGGGACCCCUUCAUGUACAAUUCUUGGAAUAAUUUUCACAUUGCCAAUUUUUUUAACUUGUGCGUGAAAGGACGGCACAAGAGAAAGUUGUCAGAAUAAUUUUGCAUGUAUUAAAUGUAUUUUCCCCGCAGAUAAAGCCCAUAUUUUGACACAAUAAAAAAUAAACCAAGGAAUCUCUCCUAUGGAAAUACA